UAUGUAUUUGUGUCUGUGAGUCAUAGUGAAAGACUAGGCAGCGGCAGUUGGAGUUGUAGUUCUCCUUUUCUCAUUCAGCCAUUUCUGUCAGGAACCAACAAACCAAGAAGAAACUUCUGAGGCGAAAAGAAAAAUAAAUCUUUUGAAGGAGGAACUGCUUGACUUCCCAGUUGCGUGUUGAGGGACAGGCUUGGAGUAGGGUUUCACACCUCGUUGUUCUACUGUUUCUCAGGUGCAGGUUCUGUAUGUUUGACUGGAGUUUUACCUGCCUGGAUAAACAGAUAGAUGGGUACAAACAGCAGCAUGGAACGCGCUGCUUCUUAAGCUUACAAAGUCGACAUUCCUUCUGGAUGAUAGAAUCACCUUGUCAAGAGGGGUAACACAGGAUGCUGGAGAAGCUCAAGCUUUAAUGACACAGAAAAAAGGCGAAUGCCCUGACCAUGAGAAACAUUCUGAAGGACAUAAAGAGAGUUUUAUGGUGUGAUUCAGAUAACAAAUGAUCUCAUUCAUAAUGUUUCAAGAAAUUUCUUUCUUUGCAAGACUGUCAUCCUGCCUCCAGGACUGAAGAAGGCUCUCCACUGUCUCAGCACGACCGCACCGUGUGAUGUACAUGCAGCUCUGAUUCAAAGUCUUUGGCACAUUCUUCCUCGCAUCAAAGUCAUUAAGGCUAACAAGACUGAUUUACUUCUCCACACUGACUACCUCUUGAAGCUCAAAGCGGCCUUCCCUCCCACAAGCUUGUAGAAAGUCUCUUUUGUCCUGAUUCUGGAGAGGUGCUGGAGCCCUUAAUCUGAGUGACAUGGCUGCUGCAGUCCAACAGUCUGAGCUGGUGUUUGAAUUUGCUAGCAACGGAAUGGAUGACGGACACCAGCUUGAAGACCCUUUAUCAUUUCCUGCUGUGAUCGUAGAACAAGUGCCAAACACAGACUUGUUCUAUUCUAGUCUGGAUUGCGAAGAGGUUUCCACCAGGAUGAUGGAUGAUACAUCUUUGGAUGUUGUUGAAGAACAAAUAAUAGAGGAUAACAUUGGUCUUUCAGUGGAAGCUUCCUGUCAGGAUGAAGAUGAAACGAUGGAGACCAUUGAGGCUGCUGAAGCACUUCUUAACAUGGAAUCCCCCAAUGCGAUCUUGGACGAGAAAAGAAUGUUUCAUCAAUUUGCACAUUCCCUGGAUGGAGAAAUCACUGCGUCUGUUCCUCACAUAUCUGUCACCUCAGAUAAGAUCCCAGAGGUAAUCAACAGGUCUUCAGCCCACGUGGCAGGUGAUGAAGAUGAUUCUGCAGAUGAGUCGCCCAGAAAAAAUGCACUUAAACAGAGGAAAAAGAAAGGCCGGAAGAUGAAACCUGCUCGCCCAUCUUCACCUGUCACAGCUCCACACCUUCCAAUUAAAAAGAAAAAUAAGGAUGGAAAAGGUAACACAAUAUAUCUCUGGGAGUUCCUCCUGGCUCUCCUUCAAGAUAAAAACACUUGUCCGAAGUACAUUAAAUGGACACAGAGGGAGAAGGGAAUCUUUAAGCUAGUGGACUCUAAGGCCGUGUCCAAACUUUGGGGCAAACACAAAAAUAAACCUGAUAUGAACUAUGAAACAAUGGGCAGAGCCCUUAGGUAUUACUACCAGAGAGGGAUCUUGGCCAAAGUGGAAGGUCAGCGGCUGGUGUAUCAGUUCAAAGAGAUGCCAAAGGAUCUGGUGGUCAUAGAUGAUGACUCAACUGAGCACACUCCGUCUAAUUUGGUGACCUCAUCCAGUUACACGGCAACAACGCUGGCAAAAAGCAAAAGCACCGCUUUUGGAAUGUCUCAGUUGCAGAAUGCAAGCAAAGUGACAGCUGUGCCACAGAGUGUGCUGGUGCAGCACAUCAAGCAAGAGCACACUUCCUUGCUGACGCAGCCCAGCCAGAAGGCAGGAGGACAGCAGGUUCCGUUUUUACAAACCAUCCAGGGAUUACAGAGCAAUCAAGUCCUUCAGGGAUCACCAGAUGUUUCUAAGGUUGCUGUAACUAUGCCAUCAACAGGACACGCAAUGAGGACAAUAAGUGUCCCAGCCCAGGUUCCUGUGGUGAUGACGUCUGGCUCGCAUGCAGUUGGUACUCUAAUGUUGCAAACGAUACCCCUCACAACAGUGCUGUCUGGAACAGAUACAUUGAACAACUCUCCUUCCAAAGUUAUUUUACGUGCCAUUCCAUGUUCAGAAAGCUCGAAGGAAAUGAUCACCAUCCAGGCCACCUUGUCUCCCACAAGUGCAGAUUGCUCUGGCUUAUCGGAGAUCCAGCAAGCCCAAGUGAUUGCCACCAGUCUUUCGUUAUCUGAUGGUGGAUUUCAGUCUAUAAUAAACAAUUCUGUGCAUCCUUCCCCUGAUGCCAUCACACAACUAGUGACCAUCAAUAGCAAUGGUCAGCCAGUGGUUGCCCAUCGUCCAGGCAGCGUAAUUGCCACAGUGCUUAAACCACCCGAACCCAUCCUGGACACUCCUGAAUUCCAGACUGCAGCCACAAGUGCAAAUGCUACCAGCCCUGAAGUCAAAAUGGUAGAAAUGGAGAAGGACCUUGGACCUAGUUCAGAUGGCGAGCUAAACUAUCAGCAUCUCCAAACUGUGAUGCUGAGCAGUACAAAUGGUAUUGCAACAUCUGUCAUAAAGGUUGAAGGAAUGGACAAAGACUUUGAAACUACUGUGCAUGGCUCUGAAAACCUCAACUGUUCAUUGUCACACAGUCCAAAUUGUGCUCUCACCCCUGUCGUGAAACUGGAAGCCAAUGAAGAUUGUUCAGUACUGAAUCUACAAUCAGAUCAUAGACAUGAUCAGGAUAAAACUCUUAUGGAUACCGACCUGCACGACACCAUGCCAUUUCUGAAACUGGAAAAUGCCCAGAUGUUUUCGCAUGCAGCGAGUAUGCUUAACUACCCCAGUAACAUGGCUCCCAGUCCAAGUGCCAUAUCCACUUCUGUAGUGGUUAAAACAGAGCCAAUAGAUUUGUAAAUAAUGUAGAAAACCAUAUCUUUGUAUCUUUUACAUAUGUUGAACCCUUGUUUGUUCAAUUAUAGCCAUUUGGCAGAUUGUAAAUAAGCGGUUAUUGAUCCAUAAUUUUGGUCAGAAUAUUUAAUACUGUACGUAGCCCAGCACUCAAUCACAGUUUGAAAUCAUGUCAUUUUAAAUCCAUCAAUAUCUGUAAAAUAAUCAAGUGACCUAAAAGCUGCAAUAAUUUUAAGUUUUGCUGAAAAGUCAAAACUUCACUCGCAUUGCUUCUUUUGAAGCCGGCCUUUCCUGUUCCCUGUUGUUGUGCUGGAAAUAAUUUAGAUGGGUAUUGAUCUAAAUCUGGUUUUAACUAGAUACCACAAAGGUCAAUGCUAAGGUAAAUGUUGUAAAUGUUAAGUUCAAUUGCUCAAUUGAAAGGUAGAUUUUCUCCAAGCCUGAGUGAGCAUUGGUACUGGUGACCAGUUGGCAGAGCAUUGCACUGGCAGGCCAUCAGUUGGGUUGAUGCAUCCUGCUUUCGGGACUUCAGAAGUAGCCCAAAUUCAAGUUAAUUGGAUUGAGAGUUAAGAUCACACUUAGUGUGUCAAGAGACAUGAGUCCAGUUCAGUUUAGUUCUACUUGCUGUGGCACAGCUUUCAUUCACAGAAGAUAUGCCCAGAAUUAAACAAGUCAUCAUAUCCGAAAUAUUUUCCUAUAGAUCUGUACAUAGUCUUUUAUUUGGUGUGUGAUGACGAAGCCCUUUCAGGGUACUUUGUUCCUAUUCAUAUGCUAUUUCUUUUUCAACUCCUUGCCUUCGCAAAAAAAAAUUAAGUCCAACUUAAUUAGCCGAAGAGCAUAAUUUGCGCUAGUCUUUAACACAACUAAGCCUUUUUUUGGACAAUAUAUCCUAUUUAUAUUUUUUAACUUUGAUGUUGAAAACCUUGUAUAAGGAAUUUAAAUUUCUUACCAGGAAUAUGAUGUAAACCAGAUUUAGAAAAUAAUAUUGAAUGUAAUUUUAGAUCACCAUAAGCAUGGUGCUAACAAACCACAAGAUGAAAAUUUUAUAUCUAAAUUUGUUAAUGCCUUGUAGGUUUGUUGUAGAAUGUUAUAUUUUUCGUAUGUUAAAUGAAGAAAAUUCUUCAGGAAAAAAUGUGAACUGGGAUAUUUUAUAAAUGGUGGGAUUUUUUUUCCAAACAAAAAAUUGUAAAUAUUUAUCUUUGAUAUAACAAAGUCUACAUUUACUGAGAUGUACUAUUUCCUCUUAUGCAAUGUGUUUUGCCCAGAUUCCUAUCAUAUAAGUGGGAUAUGCUUUUGUUCUAUGCUUCAAUCAGAGGCCUAUGUGGAUUUUGGAGCCUCUUCAAGAAACCAGUCAUGUGGUAGUGAGAUUUCUUUAAAAGAAAUAAAACCUUUUUAUUUUACAAAUUGUA